GUCAGAAAAAGCCUCCCGGUGGAUAUCCUGAUUCUCCACAGAGAGACAUCAGUAUAGGCGGAGGAGUUUUAGAGGACAACAUGAAGGAGACUAUGGAAAAAAUCCAAAAUACCACUCAUGGAUCGGGUUGUUUUGAACACUGCAUGCCUCCGGAACAAAGCAGGUCCAGCACACAGACCUCUGCUGCAGUCAGUCGCCUCCUGAGAUGUGGAGCUGUUGCUCUUGUUGGCGCUGCAGUGUUUAUGUUGUGUGCAUCCAUGGCUGCUCUCUACCUGUGGAAAAUCAGCGAUAAAAAUGUUUAUAACGUCCGUUACAGUAUGAACAUCAACGGCGAGGUGAGAGAGGGAUCCGUGGAAAUCGAUUCUGACAACAACCUGGAGCGAUAUAAAACUGGGAUCGGAGCUGAGGAAGCCGUGGAGAUUCAUGACUUUCAAAUUGGAAUAACCGGGAUCCGCUUCUUUGGAGGAGACAAGUGCUAUAUAAAAUCCCAAAUCAAAGCCAGCCUUCCACACAUGGGAGCCGACAACAAAGAGGUGUUGAUGUUUGACCUGACAGAUGAAAUCAUGCCAGUGAGGUUUGAUGAGGAGUUCCUCAUAUGGGUUUCUGCCGAGCAGCCGUUGAAGGACACCAGCUUUCUGAGCAACAAGAUUCUGGGUCUUUGUGGGGAACUUCCCAUCUACUGGCUCCAACCUGUCUCUCCCAAAGAUGGGGAGAGGAGAAAGAGAGACACACGGGGAGCCAAGCAGCAGUUUAACACGGAGGAGUCGGAGGCAGCUGCUGAAGAGAGGGACCCUGUGAGUCACACAGACGAUCACAUCUCCAGAGUCAGGGAGGAGGAGGAAGAGGAGGGGGCGCAGUCGACUGCAGGGUCGGGGUACAAUCCCCAAAACCCCUAUCACCGCAGCAGCGGAGGGGCCAGGGAGGAAGCCACCAUGACCUUUGACACCAUGCUGGACCACCAGGGGAUCUGCUGCUCAGAAUGCCAACGCAGCUACACUCACUGUCAGAGGGUCUGCGAGCCUCUGCGUGGCUACUGGCCUUGGCCGUACAACUUCAGAGGGUGCCAGGUGGCCUGCCGAGUCAUUAUGCCAUGUCGCUGGUGGGUCGCACGCAUAUUAGGUAUUGUGUAAGAAAACAGGCAACACUCGUGAGAAAAACAUUUCUUUUUUUUUAAAAGACCCUCAAGGUCUCUAAACUUUUAGCUUCUGUCCAGAUAUUUAUUUCCUGCCUGUAAAAACAGACAGAAAGCUCUGCCUGUUAGCAUGUAAUGCACAGCAUGAUGUAUGAUUAUCCAGAAUAUAACAGUAAAGAGGAGUUUCUAUAUUAACAUAUGCUUUCUCUUUUAGAAAUACACAAAUGCCCUAUUUCUAUUUACAGCAACAGACAUGACAAAAGGGCACAUUCAUUUGUGCAUCAUGUAAUACCACAGCUUAAUGCACUGUACUAUGUUUAAUGGAAGGUAUGGGACUGACUCCAAAGGCUCAGCAGAUCAUGUACCUUUCCUAUCUGAGAAGGCUUCAAUAAAUUCUAAUUACAGUAUA